AUGGCUUCUCAGGGCCUCCAGAUCUUGGGUGUUUUACUGGCCUUCUUUGGUUGGCUGGGCGCCAUUAUCACCUGCGGUUUGCCCAUGUGGAGAGUCACCGCUUUCGUGGGGGCGAAUAUCGUCACAGCCCAGGUGAUCUGGGAAGGCUUGUGGAUGAGCUGUGUGGUCCAGAGCACGGGGCAAAUGCAGUGUAAGAUGUACGACUCCAUGCUGGCUCUGCCUCAGGACCUGCAGACUGCCAGGGCCAUGGUGAUCAUCUCUGUGAUUGUUGGGAUAUUCGGCAUCCUCAUGGCUGUGAUCGGAGGAAAAUGCACCAACUGCAUGGAGGAUGACGUGGCCAAAGCUAAAACCUGCAUAGUGGCUGGAGUGAUAUUCAUAAUAACCGCCUUGCUGAUCUUGAUUCCUGUAUCGUGGUCAGCUCAUGCAGUAAUCAGCGACUUUUAUAACCCCCUAUUGGUUGAGGCUCAAAGAAGGGAGCUUGGAUCUUCACUUUACAUAGGCUGGUGCUCUGCUGCGGUGCUGCUGAUGGGAGGUGGUCUUCUCUGCAGCAGCUGUCCCCCAAAAGUUGGUGGCAGACCCUACAUACCUGCCAAAUUCAUACCUGUAAGAAGCAUAUCUUCAAAUGUUGACUAUGUGUGA